GGCUAGAGCGGGGAACAUCCAGCCCCGAGCUGCUGGGUGAAGUCCCCGGGCCGGCGGGGCUGGGUGGUCCUGCUGGGAUGACCCCCCCGCGGCCGUCGGGGCCCGGCUCACCGGCCCGGCCCGGGGCUUCCUUGCAGAACGUGCUGGCCAAGGCGCUGUACGACAACGUGGCCGAGUCUCCGGACGAGCUCUCCUUCCGCAAGGGCGACAUCAUGACGGUGCUGGAGCGCAACACGCAGGGGCUGGAAGGCUGGUGGCUCUGCUCGCUCCACGGCCGGCAGGGCAUCGUCCCCGGGAACCGCCUCAAGAUCCUGGUGGGGAUGUACGACAAGAAGCAGCAGCAGCAGCAGCAGCCGCAGCAAGUUCCCGGCCCGGCGCAGGUGCCACCUCAGCCAUCGGUUCCCCAACCAGCUCUGCCCUAUCACCACCCGGGGGGCUACACCCCGUUGUCACCCGCCUCGCAGUACACAGCCAUGCACCCCACUUAUGGCCCCCAAGGGGACAAUGUCUACCUGAUGCCCGUCCCCGGCAAGGGACAGCAGGGGCACUACCCGGGCUCAGCGCCCACCGGACAGUUUCCUCCUGCCCCGGCUAUGCAGCCCCCCGCCUACCCGAAGCAGACCCCUCCCCACGCCUUCCCCAGCCCUGGCCAGGAUAUCUACCAGGUGCCCCCCUCCCUGGGACAAGCAGCAGAAGCGUACCCUGGGGGCACUGCCAGCCCCCCCCAGGAUGUCUACCAGGUUCCUCCCUCGGCUGGUCAGGCUCAAGACAUCUACCAAGUACCCCCCUCCUUGGACAUGAGGAGUUGGGAAGGGCACAAGCCUCAGGGAAAGGUGCUGGUGCCCACUCGCGUGGGGCAGGUGUAUGUCUAUGACUCCCCGAAGGGUGAGAAGGACGAGUACGAUUUCCCUCGCCACCUCCACUCCGCUGGGUCCCAGGAGAUCUACGACGUGCCGCCAGUCCGAGGGGGGGUCCCGAGCCAGUUUGGCCAGGAGGUCUAUGAUACCCCCCCCAUGGCAGUGAAGGGUCCCAACGGGCAGGACCCAGGGCAGGAGAUCUACGAUGUGCCCCCCAGCGUGGAGAAGAACCUGCACCAAACUGUGUACGACGUGCCCCCCUCGGUCAGCAAGGACGUGCCGGAUGGCCCGGCCCGGGAGGAGACCUACGACGUGCCCCCCGCCUUCGCCAAGCAGAAAGGCUUUGACCCCCCCCGCCACCCCCUCGUCCUGGCCCAGCAGGAGCCCUACUUGCCGGAGGACGUCUACGACGUUCCCCCGGUGGCUGGGAAAGGUGCUCCCGAGCCCCUGCUCUCUCACGAGAUCUACGACGUGCCCCCCAGCCUCAAAAAGCUGGGGGGGUCCACCUUCCCCUCCCAGGAGGUGUACGACGUGCCCCGGGACCUGCACGCCCCGGGGAAGGGCUCCCUGGACACGGAGGGCGAGUACAUCUACGACGUCCCACCCCAAGUGGACCGGGAGGCCAAAGGGGCCGACGCCAAGCGCCUCUCGGCCUCCAGCACGGGCAGCACCCGCAGCAACGUCUCCACCUCCUCGCUGGACGUGGUGCCCGUGAAGGAACCGGCCAAAGGAGCCGGCAAGGAGUUCUCCUUGGACUUGGACGCCGCCAUGGAGACGCUGGCCAAGCUCCAGCACGGCGUCGGCGGCGCCGUCUCCUACCUCAUGUCCUUCAUCGGCGCCAACUGGCGCAGCCCCGAGCACAUGGAGGCCAACGCCGCCAACAUCCGCGGGGCGGCUGAGGGCGUCCGCGCCGCCCUCCGGGACCUGCUGGAAUUCGCCCGGGGGGUGGUGGGCAACGCCGCCCAGACCUCCGACCGCUCCCUCUACGCCAAGCUCAGCAAACAGCUGCAGAAGAUGGAGGAGGUUUACCAGGCCCUGGCGCGGCACGGCCAAGCGCUGGACGCUUGUCACUGGGCUCCCAGCGCCCUGGCCGGCGGCAAGGCGGGCACGGACGACCUGGAGCACUUUGUCAUGCACUCGCGCGGCGUCCCCGACGACACCAAGCAGUUGGCCUCCUUCCUGCAUGGCAACGCCUCCCUGCUCUUCAAAAGGACAAAGCCCGUGGGGGAGAGCGGUGGCCACGGGCCCCCUCACCCCUCCGAGAAGGCCAGCAGCAUCCAGUCGCGCCCGCUGCCCUCCCCGCCCAAGCUGCUGGCCCAGGAGUCGCCCGACGGGCCCUACGAGAACAGCGAGAGCGGCUGGAUGGAGGACUAUGACUACGUCCAUCUCCAGGGCAAGGAGGAGUUCGAGAAGACCCAGAAGGAGCUGCUGGAGAAAGGCAACAUCAUCCGGCAGAGCAAGGACCAGCUGGAGCACCAGCAGCUGAAGCAGUUUGAGCGGCUGGAGCAGGAGGUGACGCGUCCCAUCGACAACGACCUGUCCAACUGGAGCCCCCCACAACACUACAGCCCAGCACGGGGCGGUGGGACCCUGUGUCCUGCUGACCGCCAGCUCCUCCUCUUCUACCUGGAGCAGUGUGAGGCCAACCUCACCACCCUCACCAACGCCGUCGACGCCUUCUUCACCGCCGUCAGCACCAACCAGCCCCCCAAGAUCUUCGUGGCCCACAGCAAGUUUGUCAUCCUGAGCGCCCACAAGCUCGUCUUCAUCGGGGACACGCUCUCCCGCCAGGCCAAGGCCCAGGAUGUCCAGCACAAGGUGAUGCACUACAGCAACCUCCUCUGCGAGAUGCUGAAGGAGAUCGUGGUGACCACCAAGGCCGCCGCCCUCCACUACCCUUCACCCUCCGCCUCCAAGGACAUGAUGGAGCGGGUCAAGGACCUCGCCAACAGCACACAGCAGUUCAGGAUGGUGCUGGGCCAGCUGGCGGCCAUGUGAUGGCCCCAGGGGCUGCUGUCCCCUCCCCGUGGCCUCCACCCCACCCCCGGACACCCGUGCCCCCUCUGCCUGAGCCCCCUCUGCCCGGAGUGAGCGGACAUGUACAUAGAGACUCCCGCGCUCCCCGGGGGCCUGGGGCUCUGCUGGUAGAGGGGGUGAGGGGCUGUAGCCAUCAUCCCCCUUCCUCUUCUUCUUCCCUUUGGCCAGAAGAUGGGUUUUGGAGCCAUGCCGGUGAUGAAACAAAGCUGGGAGGUGGAUUCGUGCCCUGUUCCCUCCCUGUGGUCCUCUCUCCUCUCUCUCUCUCUCUCUCCUGGCUGCUCCUGGAGGCCGUGGGGCCGUGUCCCUGCUGAAUGGAGAUGGAUUCUCUGGCUCUUCCUCUCUUGGUGGGGGCUCUGGAGCCACCUCUGGUGGCCAGUGGGUUGUGAUGGUGUGGAAGCCACAGCCCUCGCGGUGGGACAGUGGGGCAGGGACCGGUCCUGCUGUCCCCCUGGGGGCUGGGGGCUGUGGAUAAGGACCCCUGGGGGGUGAGGGGGGUGCUGGGGGGGGGCAGGAGGAGCCUGACCUGUCUUUGCUCCUGUACCAGCUGUAACCGAAACGCAAACUGAAAUUGGUGCCUUUUGAACAUGGGGGAAGGUUCUGCUGGGUCCUGGAGCUGUGGAGUCCCAGCCCCCUGAAGCUCAGCCCCCUGCCCCCCAGCAGCAUAAAGAUUUGCCUGGAUCCCCCCCCCCCA